AUGCCAUCCAAACGACGCAACAACGGCCGCUCCAAGCACGGCCGCGGCCACACUGCCAUUGUCCGCUGCUCCAACUGCUGCCGCUGCGUGCCCAAGGACAAGGCCAUCAAGCGCUUCCAGGUGCGAAACAUGGUGGACGCCUCGUCUCAGCGAGACUUGAGGGAGGCCAGUGUGUACCAGACCUUUAUGUUGCCCAAACUGUACAUGAAGAUGCUCUACUGUGUGUCCUGCGCCAUCCACGGUCGCGUGGUGCGCGUGCGCAACAAGGUCUUGCGGGCCAGCCCGGAAGGUCGCGUCUACAAGCCCCCCAUGGGCAAGGUCAAAACUCAAUUGUUGCUGCGGAAGUUCUGCUUGACUAAGUCUAUUGCCAGGGCGGAGGCAAGGGCAACUGAGCAGUGGCUCAAUCUCCCUCGCCCGCGCCUCGUUCUGCCCGCCAUGCCAUCCAAACGACGCAACAACGGCCGCUCCAAGCACGGCCGUGGCCACACGGCCAUUGUGCGCUGCUCCAACUGCUGCCGUUGCGUGCCCAAGGACAAAGCCAUCAAGCGCUUCCAGGUGCGAAACAUGGUGGACGCCUCGUCUCAGCGAGAUUUGAGGGAGGCCAGUGACUUGGAGGUUGCCCAAGCUGUACAUGAAGAUGCUCUACUGUUGCUGGGUCAAAAAACUGACAUUGGCACAGGCACAGCUGUUCGAACGGAAGUGGGACCAGGCGACCCGCUAGGUGUGUCCUGCGCCAUCCACGGUCGCGUGGUCCGCGUGCGCAACAAGGUCUUGCGCGCCAGCCCCGAAGGCCGCAUCUACAAACCUCCCAUGGGAAAGGGCGGAGGCAAGGGCAACUGA